GCAUGUCAAAUGGCCGGUAACUUCGCAUCAAUAUACUCUUCCGAGGGAUUCACUUAGAGACUUCAUCUUAAAGUGAUCAGGUCUGAAAUUACGGUUGUUGCGGAAACCAUGCGCAUUUUGAAAGCUAAAAGCAAAUCGUGCUCGCCCAUCUUUAUAUUUUUGAUACUUUGUUGCACAUCUCAGAUGGUCCCCGGCCACAUCUCUAUUCCAUGGGGUUGGGUAUGAACUCUUCAUCCUGAUUUGGGUAGUGGAGCUAUGCAAUUAUGGGCAAAGUUCUUUGUGGAGGCGCGAUUACAGGUGUUUAAGGGGUUUCCAGAAUGCCACGCAGAAUAUCUGCCUAAAACUUUGGGAAAGGACGAAUGGUUGCACAUCUUAAAAAGGCCUGCAGCUUUUCCUACUCUCAUUUACAAGGAUCGUGAAGUGGAAACACAAGGCCUCUCCUGAGGUCUCAAUCCAUCUCGUUGAUCAAACUUCAGAGUUGUGUUCCGACAUUUUACAGAUCUCUCACGCACAGCGGCUACCUAGUAGAAGUUUCGAGGUAAAUUUGUGUCAUAUCUCAAAGCUCAAGUUGCAAUCGUUUUUUCUCCAUAUUUUAUUCAAAACCCGAAAUCAACGAGAUGUCAAAGGCAAUCUUAAACUCAAAGUACCUUGGUAUUCCAAAUUAUAAAUUUCAAGAUGCUAUGCACGUGAUAGCUUGAAGGGGAAACUCUUAAUUUCAUUCUUUCACAAAACAACUUUCAUGUUCCUCCGAUCACACG